GAUAUCUAUAACUUUAACGAGACUAGGUUCGCUAUAGGCGUCGCUAGGACGUUAAAAGUAGUUAUAAGCUUUGAAAGAGUUGGUUGGGCAGUCGUCGUACAGCUAGGUAAUCGCGACAGGAAGGUAGAAAGUCUAAUCUACUACUAUAUUAACUAUAUUACUAAGCUUAAGUUUCUACUAGCGUUUAAGGUAGCGUUUAAUUAA